GCCACGGGAGAGGAGCCUCAUGGCCGACAUGAACCCCACGGUCACUUAACAGCGAGCUUCUCUUCCCACCGAGUCACAGCUGCUGCUCCCAAGCACCUUGUCAAUAAAGUUCCAUUCAGGGAAACUAGGCGCACGAGGCUCCUGCCGGUGAUGAGUUAAUUAGAAGUUCGUGUCGGUUACAGGAGAGGAGGCGCGGCCCCGGUUCCCUGGAGCACAGAGGGGGACACACCGGGCAGGAUGAACGAGGAUCCGAGGAAAAGGAGCAGCAGUGGAGGUGCAGGAGGAGCAGCUGACCCGGAGCCGCCCGGGUCUCAGUGUGGUGAGGGCAGCGAUACUGGUGAAGGCUCCGGGGUGGCUCUGAAGAAACAGAUCGGCCUGGUCAGCGCCUGUGGCAUCAUAGUGGGAAACAUCAUUGGAUCUGGGAUCUUUGUGAGUCCUAAGGGCGUCCUGGAGAAUGCCAGCUCAGUGGGUGUUGCCCUGAUCGUGUGGGUCUCCACUGGAGUCAUCACGGCUAUUGGAGCUCUCUGCUAUGCAGAACUGGGUGUGACCAUCCCCAAGUCUGGGGGAGACUACUCCUAUGUCAAAGACAUAUUUGGAGGACUUGCUGGCUUUCUGCGUCUGUGGAUUGCCGUGUUGGUUAUUUACCCCAGUAACCAGGCUGUGAUCGCUCUCACCUUCUCCAACUACAUCCUGCAGCCUCUGUUCUCCUCCUGCCUCCCUCCGGAGAGCGGCCUCCGUCUGCUGGCUGCAGUCUGCCUCUUGUUUUUGACCUGGGUAAACUGCUACAGUGUGCGCUGGGCAACAUGUGUACAAGAUGUCUUCACUGCUGGUAAGCUCCUGGCCCUGGCUCUCAUCAUCAUAAUGGGCGGUGUCCAAAUCUGCAAAGGUCACUAUCACUGGUUGGAGCCAGCUCACGCCUUCGAGACGUUCCGUGACUACGAUGUCGGUCUGAUAGCUCUGUCCUUCCUGCAAGGCUCGUUUGCAUAUGGAGGCUGGAACUUCCUCAACUACGUCACAGAGGAGCUGGUCGACCCAAACAAGAAUCUGCCUCGUGCCAUCUUCAUCUCUAUCCCCGUGGUCACUUUUGUUUAUGUCUUUGCCAACGUAGCGUACAUCACAGCCAUGAGCCCCCAGGAGCUGCUGGCCUCCAAUGCUGUUGCAGUGACAUUUGGAGACAAAUUGCUAGGACAUAUGUCAUGGAUCAUGCCCAUCUCUGUGGCACUGUCCACCUUCGGGGGAGUCAAUGGCUCGCUCUUCACGUCGUCGCGGCUGUUUUUUGCAGGAGCAAGGGAAGGCCAUCUCCCACGUCUGUUGGCCAUGAUUCAUGUCACACGCUGCACUCCUAUUCCGGCCUUGGUGUUCACUGUUGCCACAUCUCUGCUGAUGUUGUGCACCAGCGACAUUUACACCCUCAUUAACUACGUGGGCUUCAUCAACUACCUCUUCUAUGGCAUCACUGUUGCUGGGCAGAUUGUGCUGCGCAUCAAACAGCCGGACAUGUAUCGACCCAUCAAGGUGAGCCUUGUCUGGCCUGUGAUCUACCUGCUGUUCUGGGCCUUCCUGCUGGUCUUCUCCAUCUACUCUGAGCCUCUGGUCUGUGGUAUUGGACUGGCCAUCAUGAUGACCGGCAUCCCAGUGUAUUUCUUUGGCGUCUACUGGGAAAACAAGCCUCAGUGUUUUGAUACUAUUAUUGGUAAAAUUACUCUUCUGUGCCAAAAACUCUGCUCAGUGGUCUAUCCAGACAUGGGGGAGAACCUGACACCCCAUGUAGCGCUAAAUAAAGCCAGUGUUGGGGAAGAUUGAUAAGACCCUCAAAUGUCUUAAUUGAACAUGUGGACAGACACUUCCUCUCUUUACUCUGAUGUGGAUUAAAGGUGGGAAAAAGAUGCCUGGAGGAAGAGUCCUAGGAGGAUGAGUGUACUUAAUCACUGAAUGGAUAUGUUAACACUGAAUAUGUUCUACAGCACUGGACUUUAUUACCCUGUCAUUGACCGGCCCCAGUGUUUGAGAUGAAAUAUCACAUUGAACAGAAAUAAGUUGGUUUUCAUUGUCGUAUUUAAAUUUCCACUCUGUUUGUGUUGAAUGAUGUGCUGUUUGUCAUUUGUGAGUCUUGGAUGCAGAGAAAGCCAAUAUUUAAAUGUGUCUUCAUAAACCCAUUAUAAUCAAAGUUGUAAAUAUGUCAUUCUUCCUCUUGUCUGUUUUUUAUUUUGACCCUCAGUCAGUUAUUUGUUGGCUGGGUUGUAUAUCUGUAAGAUAACACAAACAUGCAACUUGUUGGAAGGAUGUAGUGUCGGUCUAGGAGGAACCCAAUCCCUUUUGAUGUGAAUCCUAGGAUUCUUUUGAAAUGUCCCCCGUUUUUAUCAGAACAAUUCAUUUAAGCCAUUUGGGUCACAAUGGAUAUAAAACAUCUGGACUCAGAAAAAAGGUUUUCCUUUAGGGAGAGAAGGUUUAUCACUGACUGAUCACUGGCUCUUUACUCUACAUUUACUCGUAUGAAAUAAGUUUUUGUUCGGGAAAUACGUAUUUGGUGUUUCCAAAGUCCUGCAGCUCUUUAGAAUUCAGAAAACAAGCCACACGUGUGAAGACAAAUCACAAGAGGGUUCUUUAACUUCUCUUUAGUGUAUCGCUAUCGCUGAUAUAUAUUUAGCAUAUAGUGACAACAUAUCUAUUCUCUUCAAUCGUAUGAUUCUCAUAUUUUUGGUAGACAGUAAGAAACUCUAAAUAUUGUGGUGCACUGUUGUCUUCGUGUGGCACAGUGUUGUUUGUGGGGUUUACACGAUGCAGUGGUAUCUGCUGCACCUCAUCAAUGUUUCAUCCACCUGUUGGAUCACCCGACGUAGAAAGGGCGGAGCACAAGAACAAGUGAGCGAUCAAAUUGCGGAAGUCAGAGGAGGGAAUGACAGGUCUAGGUGGGUUUACACGUCACAGUACCGCUGAUAUGACAGGAAACAAGGGGAUCAUGCUUUCAAAAUAAAGGCGAAU